AUGGAAUCAAUGGGAAACAUUAUUAGUUGGGAUGAAGAUGAGUCAAGAGAUAUCAGUAGCUACAACGAAGAUAAUUACAUAGUACAAGGUAAUAAAAUAGAAGGGUUAAUUGAAGAAGGUGAUGAAAAUAAGUAUGAAAUGACAUAUCGAGAACAUUUAAUGAAGAUACCUGACGUUUUAUUUAAACAUUAUAUUAAAUAUCAUCCUAUGAGACUUAAUGAAAAAGAAAGGAUAUUAUUAGAAGUACUCGAAUCUGCUUUAGAUGUAAGUGAAUAUACUGAUAAUGUUGAUAUAGCACGAUCUGAUUAUGGGAUGUAUUAUUUUGGGAGUUACAGUUAUUAUUCACAAAGAGAUGUUAGUAUUAAUAAAAGAACUAAACAACAAAUUAUUAAAGAACAACAUCAAGAAUUAAAACAAAUUAUUAUUGGGUUAUUAAUGGGAAAUAGUUAUAGAGAUUGUAUUAAGUUGUUACAUAACCCAACAUUAUUGGAAGAAUGUAUUCAAAAUUGUUUUGAAGUUGGAAGACGAUUUAAAAUCAGUAAUCCACAUUUGAUGAGAACGACAUAUCAAAAAAUGAUGCAUAUUCUUCAAGACGCUAUUUUAUAUAAUCCAAGUUUUAUUGGUCCCGAGUUUGAACAAACAAAAAAGUUUAAAGAAAUACUUACUGUUGGUUUAUUUGCUAAAGAAAAUCAGUUAGAAGAUGUGUUUAAUGAACCAAAUUUUAGAGUUGCUGUAUUACCUGCUGUAGGAAGUGGUACUGAAAGAGAAAAUGCUAGAAAAGAAAUUAUUAAAAAAUAUGGAGGUGAAACUGAAAGAAUGUUAUUAAGUAUUUCAGAUGGAUUUGCGUCUGCUGCGUCUAUGUGUGGUGUUGUUCAUCAAAUGUUACAUGAUCUUAAAAAAGGAUAUCAAGAAUCAACAAAAUUAACUGAUUUAACAAUUAAGUGGGGAGUUAGAGGAAGUAGAAUAAGCCAUAGUCAUUCAGAACAGUUUAUCUUCGUUAGUCAAAGUUUAACACUAUGGUGGAAUGUUAUGCAAAAUAUGCCACUAUUAUGGAACACUACUGAUAAAGAGUUUCUUAGUGGAAGUAAUUAUUCAUUAGUAAAUACUGGCCAAGGUCUUCAAAGAAUGCAAUCAGCACCUAAUGUAUCUGGAGUUAUGCAUCAAAUUCUAGCAAAUACAAAACAAAAAUUAUGUAAUGAUGGAUGGAGAGGUUUAAGUGUAGUUCAUAUGGGAGAUCAAGAUGUUCCAAACUGUUUAUUUUUUAUUGAUAAAUAUUCACAAGUGCCAUGGAUUGUUGCUCCAAUUGUAAAGACAACUACACGUAUUAUUAAAGAUAAUAAUAAACGAUUAGAUAAUUUGUUUACACAAUAUACAAGAGAACAAUGGUCUACUUUAAUUUAUCGUGACUUUUUCCAACAUGGAUUUGAUGGAAGUGGGUCAGAUGGAGGAAGUUGUAUUGAUGGCAGGUUAACUUCUGCAUGGAAUUGGUGUUCAAUGAUUGAGAGGUAUAUUUUCUAUCCAUUUUUCCUAGUAACUGACUUUGAAGGAUUUGAAGGUCCAUACAAAAAGUAA